AUGGCCUCGGACUCGGGGGGAAGCAGUGACCAAAACUCACAUCGCAGUGUUUCCUUCUCCCUACAUCCUCCUACAUUGGUGAUUAAUCCGUCUAACCAGACCAAUUCCUCACCCAUUAAUAUGAAUUCUAACGUUUCCAGCGAUCUUUCUAGCUCGAUGCUUAAAUCGCUAUUUGACGAAGCAGGCUUAUCUGAGGUAGCAACAUGCAACCCUAACAAAGAAAUUACGUCAUCAUCAUCAUCGCCACCCCCACUAUCAUCAGAUAGCUCUCAGGUAAUGACUUCAAGCGAUCCUAGCAUGGAAAUAGACGAAAUUACAAAUACUAGGAAGCGCCAUUCCUCUGAGGAGAUAGAAGCACAAGGUCGUUCCUCGACCUCCCCCCCAAAGCGAUCUACCGCUUCGACAACUUCCACUUUGAAUCCUCGAGACUCCCCAAGGCCAAAUAACGCAGAAGACGCGAUCGGUGCGCGCUCUCAGGAUACUACUAAUGCUGCAGCUAACCUUAAAGCUGCACCUAAAUAUCGCCCCCAGGACAACGGUCCCUACGCGGUCUACGUCUACGACCUGAAUCGUGAAAAGGCUACACAUCCGAUUGUCAUCUCAAGUAUCAUCGCGAACUCAGGUAUUCCAGAUAUACAGGAGAUCAAAAAAAUCGGUAAAGGUAAAAUCCUUAUAGAGGCGAAAUCUGCCACCGCUGCUAAUAGGUUAGUAGAUAAUCCAACAUUUUCUAAACAUAACCUUAAAGCUUUCAUACCAGCCUUUAGAGUCAUCAGAGAAGGCGUCAUUCAGGAUGUACCUGUCGAACUUGCACUCGAAUACAUUCACACACACAUUGAAACGCCAACCGCCAAAAUCUUGGACAUUCAAAGAUUAAAUAGAAGAGUCACAAUAAAUGGUAAAAGCGAAUAUGUACCCUCCAAGACACUUCGCAUUAAAUUUGCUGGACAGGUUCUUCCAAGAGAAGUGUUCUUGUUUAAAAUCAGACAUGAGGUACGACCCUAUAUACCUAAAGCUCGCAUAUGCUUCUCGUGCUUUAGAGUCGGACAUAUAGCUAAAGUCUGCAAGGGCCCGCCUAGGUGUCUAUAUUGUGGAAACAACGCCCAUGAAAACGAAGACCCCUGCCCAUCAAGGGAUGGCGAAACCGACCCUGUAUGUAUCAACUGCAAAGGCGCACAUCUCGCUACCUCCAAAGACUGCCCGAUAAUCACCAAGCAGGAUAACAUCAUUAAACUGGCAGCUGUCGAAAAUAUCUCCAUAGCGGAUGCUAGGAGAAUUGUCAACAACCAAGGUCCCUCUACUCGCUACAGCUCUGGAAUGGACUCUCAAGACUUUCCACGACUAAACUCAAAAACGCCACAUGGCUCUUCAGGUUCACCCAGCUUUACGUCCACUAACCCCUUCCACCUUUUAGAAGCAGAAGACCUAGACCAUGGCCGUAUAUCUUAUGCCGAAGCUGUUGGCUCACGGCCGGCACGCACCUCGCAGCAGGCUCCCACUCAUAACGGAAACAGAUAUCAUCACUCGACGCAAGGUUCACCAUACCACUUGAACACUAACCAAAAGAGUGUCAACAACCAGGGCUAUGAUAGAAGAGCUCACCAAGAAGCACUUUUCAACCCCCACGGGGCUUAUGGCUAUUCUAACGCAAGAGGAAAAGAAACCCUGGACGCCACUUCACAAUACAACCUAUUCGUCGAACAUGUUCAAUCCUCAGCCAGAGGAUUACUCCCACCGGACAAGGGCGUGCCACAUAGUAAGAUAAACUCCUGUCGUUUGAAAUCACCUCCUUGGUGGAACGAUGACUGUGAUACUGCAGUCAAAGAAAGGAGAAAGGCGCUCAAAAGGCUCGCCGAGUGCCCUGACAGAGCUCGUCUCGAUGAUUUUAAGUCUGCUAGGAGAAGGUGUUCAGAAUGCAUACAGGAGGCUAAACGAAUUGGUUGGAGGAAACUUGUUGGCAGUUUUAAUUGCAAAACUUCAACGCACCGCAUCUGGUCUCUUAUUAAAAGUUUCAGGCGUAACAAAAACCCUCCCUCGAACCAGGACAAUAAUCUUGACACGGUCUCACUGGCUGCCAUCGAAAAACUAUGUCCUCCCUUUUGUCCAUAUAACGACCACAAACAUAUUGAGGAUAUGAAACGUGAAGAUCUUCUUCAACAUAAUACACAACAAUGGUUGGAAGAACCCUUCUCAAGAGUCGAACUUACUAGGGCUAUCAAUGUGGCUAAAAAACGUUCCGCCCCAGGCUUGGAUCAAAUAGAUCAUUCCAUCAUCUCCAGUCUUCCCGAUGAGUAUAUUACCAGACUACUUGAAUUGUACAAUCAAAUACUAGCACAGGGAGUUAUACCGGACUCUUGGAAGGAUUCCCUAGUCGUUCUUAUUCCUAAAACCGAUGGGAAGUCUGUGCGCCCAAUUUCUCUUCUCUCAUGUUUUGCCAAAUUAAUGGAAUACAUGAUAUACUUUAGACUUAGAUGGUUUAUUGAAUCACGUCCUCUUCUUCCACAAACGCAGUCAGGCUUCCGACCAACCAGGUCUUGCAUAGAUAACCUCGUGACUCUCACCUCUAAUAUCAGAACAGGCUUUAUUAGGAGAUCUCCUACCGUAGCAGUAUUUCUCGAUAUUGCGGGAGCUUUCGACAAUGUUAUACCUCACAUUCUAAUUAGGGACUUGUAUGAAAUUGGCAUUCCCGCCUCUAUUAGAAAAUUCAUUGAAAAUUUCAUCUCUAUGAGACGUCUGCAUUUCGUGGUAGACGGUUCUCUCUUAGGACCGUUUAAUUCUUAUAAGGGCACACCUCAGGGCUCCACACUCAGUCCUGCGCUUUUCAAUAUCUACCUUAAAGAUAUCAACGAUCACAUUCAUUCAGAUUCUCGUAUUUUGCAAUACGCUGACGAUGUUGUCAUAUAUUCCACCUUAAGAAACAUUGACUCAGCUAUCUCAUCCGUGCAAAAAUCGAUUGAUAACAUUUAUACAUAUUUAAGAUACAGAGGUCUCGAACUGUCACCGUCUAAAUCGAGAUAUAUGAUAUUUUCUCGCAUCAAAAGUUGCUCAGAGGAUCCUAAUAUUCAAAUCUUUAACACACAUAUCCCCAGAGCUUACACACAUAAAUUCCUGGGGGUUGUCUUAGAUGACAAGCUGUCGGGUAUUCCACAGCUAAAGGCCCUCAUAGAGAGAGAAAUGGAAUCUGAAAUGCAAGAGAAAGAUCGCAUUAGUCAGAAUCUAGAAGAACGUAUUACAUUACUGCAACCUCAGAUCAUCACUGGCGCUAGUUGUAAUACUGAUAAAUCUGGUACUACUAUGGAUUUAUCAUUCCAAACAGCCUUUGCUGAUUUUAAGCUGGAACGUAGAAAUAGUGAAGAAAAAAUAGAGGUGCGAAACGUUCGUAUACAACAGCUGAAAAAGCCGAAUUGCAAUGAAAAGAAAUAUCAAGAUCAGAAAAAGGAGAUUGCACAAACAAAACUAAUUAUUAGUGCAAAGGACGAUAAAAUAUAUGAUUUAGAGAAAUCAAUGUCCGAAUUGCGAGAGACGUUGAAUAAAGCAGAAUCGUGUAGAAGUUCCAUCAAAAAAGAAUUAGAAGCAUUUCAAGCAGAAGCGCAGAAAACGCAUGAAAAUUUCAGAAAAGUCCGUCACGAUUUGAAAUUUCAGACAAGUUACGGAAGUCCUGAUAUGGAAGAAGAGAUGGAUUGUCCCUAG